GCUCAGGAGAAGGGGCAAUCCUUUGUCCCCACCUUGGCAAAUUGGGAGUGGGGGGGUGGGGAUCGGAAGUGUGUGGAGUAGUCAGAAGGAGGUGGUCGGGGUUGGGAGAUUUAGGCUAGGCUUGAGGGCGGUGUGCGUUUUAGGGUCGCCUGAGGGCGUGACUGAGGGCUGGGAAGGUUUCUUUUGGGGUGGUGAGGAGGUAGGGAUGCUAAGGAGUCCUGCUAUGGCUUUCUUGGCAGGAGGAGUCGAAGGGAAUAUGCAAGAAAGUUGACCCUGGGUAGAACGGGUGAAGGGGAGGGAGGUGGCGCGUGAGGGUCCUCUGCCUCUGAGAUCGGAGCCAGUUGGGAUGCAAAUAAGGAAGCUGGACAGAAAUUAGGCAUCUUUCGGAUUUGGGUCCGUUUCACUUUGCGUGUUCUGGGUGUAAGAACUUAAAAGCUCAGUUGACCAAGGAUACCCUGUGCCCAGGCUGAUCUCCCAGCAGCUCCCACCAUUCCAAGCUGAGGAGGGGAACUGUAGAGUGCCGUGGCCACGCAGUAGGACUUCUUUCUCCACUCCCUUCCGCGCUGCAAACCCCCUACCCCCUUCCCGGGAGCUGUGGAAAGGAAUAUUUUUGCCCUUUCCCAUGGCCACUGGAAUCUGUGGAAAUCUUUCCUCUAAUCAGAAAGCCUUGAUCCCCUUGAUCCACCAAGGAUUCUUGGCUUGGAGGCUUCCUCCUUUCUCCCAAAUCUUCCUUUUCCGUGUACUUGCCCCCCUUGGGCUCUCCUAAAACAGAACCAGGAGUUCCCAGCUCCCUCCUGUUUCUAGUUGUCUCUUCCCUGUAUUCAUGGAGACGUCAAUUCCUAGCCCCAGUUCACCUCUCCGUUCUGAGGAUCUCCUGAGUGAUUCAUCAGACCCCCCCGGGCUGAACCAAGUGUCCUCUGAGGUGACCUCCCAGCUUUACACUUCUCUGCGCCUAAGUCGUCAGGCAGAAGCCACAGCCCGAGCCCAGCUGUAUUUACCCUCCUCUACCCCACCUCCUCAUGAGGUGUUAGAGGGCUUGGCCCAAGAGCUAAGUCGCAGUUUGUCAGUUGGACUGGAGAACAACCUAAAGAAAAAGGAUGGUUCAAAGCAUAUCUUUGAGAUGGAAAGUGUCCGGGGUCAGCUCCAGAGCAUUCUCCAAACCUCACGGGAUACAACCUAUCGGGAUCUCCUUGCUCCAGGUGCUAGCUCCGAGAGAAGGGAAGACGACUCCUUUGACAGCGAGAGCACAGCCACCUUGCUCAAUACCCGGCCCUUGCAAGACUUAUCUCCAUCCAGCUCAGCCCAAGCCCUAGAGGAGUUGUUUCCCCGCUACACCAGCCUUCGGCCGGGGCCCUCACUCAAUCCUCCAGAUUUUCAGGGCCUGAGAGAUGCGUUGGAUUCCGAGCAUACCCGCCGCAAGCACUGUGAGCGCCAUAUUCAGAGCCUGCAGACCCGAGUGCUGGAGCUACAGCAGCAGUUAGCUGUGGCUGUGGCUGCCGACCGCAAGAAAGACAUCAUGAUUGAACAGCUGGACAAGACCCUGGCCCGUGUGGUGGAGGGCUGGAACCGGCACGAGGCUGAGCGGACAGAGGUGCUUCGGGGCCUUCAGGAGGAACGCCAGGCAGCCGAACUCACCCGAAGCAAGCAGCAGGAGACAGUGACCCGCCUGGAGCAAAGCCUUUCUGAGGCCAUACAGGCUCUGAACCUUGAGCAGGAAGGCACCAGACAGCAGCAACGGGAAAGGGAGACAUUGGAAGAGGAAAGGCAGGCUCUGACCCUGAGCUUAGAGCUGGAACAGCAGCGAUGCCAGACCCUGGAGGAAGAACGAGAUGAGGCUCGAGCUGGGCGACUCAGUGAGCAUCGACAGUUGGAGGCACUGCAGGCUGCUUUAGAAGAAGAACGGCAGACCUGGGCCCAGCAAGAGCACCAGCUGAAGGAACGCUGCCAGGCGUUGCAGGAGGAGAGCCAGGCUCAGCUGGAAAGGGAGAAGGGGAAUGCCCAGAGAGAGGCCCAAGCAUCCCGGGAGGCCCAGCAGCAGUUGGCAUUGGUGCAGUCUGAGUUGCGACGGCUGGAAGGAGAGUUGGAUACAGCACGGAGGGAGAGAGAUUCUUUGCAGCUGGAAAUGAGCUUGGUGCAGGCCCGGUAUGAAAGCCAGCGGAUCCAGCUGGAGUCUGAGCUGGCUGUGCAGCUGGAGCAGCGGGUGACUGAGCGGCUGGCCCAGGCUCAGGAGAGCAACCUCCGGCAAACGGCCUCCCUGCGGGAACAUCAUAGGAAGCAGCUGCAGGACCUAAAUGAACAGCACCAGCAGGAGUUGGCUGCGCAGUUGGCUCAGUUCAAGGUGGAAAUGGUAGAACGAGAAGAACGGCAGCAGCAGGUGGCACAGGACUGUGAGCUCAGACUGGCCCGGGAGCAGGCACGAGUGCGGGACUUGCAGAGCGGGAACCAGCAGCUGGAGGAGCAGCGGGUGGAGCUGAUAGAACGACUCCAAGCCAUGCUGCAGGCCCACUGGGAUGAGGCAAACCAGCUGCUCAGCACCACCCUCCCGCCUCCUAACCUCCCGGCCCCUACUGCUGGCUGCUCCAUCCCUGGGCCCCAGGAACCGGAGAUGGGGGAGAGAAGGAUCUGGACAAUGCCACCUGUGGCCGUGGCCCUGAAGCCUGUACUGCAGCAGAGUCGGGAAGCAAGGGAUGAGCUGCCAGGGGUACCUGCUGAUCUCUGCAGCCCCUCCCCAGACCUUAGCCUCCUGCUGGGUCCGGGUUUUCAGAGCCAACAUUCCUUCCAGCCCCUGGAGCCAAAGCCAGAUCUUACUCCAUCCACAGCUGGGACCUUCCAUCCUGAUCACAGGGCAGAACGGCCAUUCCCUGACGAAGAUCCUGGACAUGAUGGGGACGGCUUCCUAAAGCAAGGGCUGCCACCCCCUUCUCAGCUGGAGGGCUUCAAGCAUUUCUUGCAUCAGCUGCUGGAGACAGUACCCCAGAACAGUGAGAACACCCCUGUUGAUCUGUUGCCCCCUAAAUCUGGUCCUCUGACAGCCGCGUCCUGGGAGGAAGUCCCUCAGGUGCCGCGUCUUCCACCCCCGGUCCAUAAAACUAAAGUGCCCUUAGCCAUGGCGUCUAGUCUCUUCCGGGCACCUGAGCUUCCCUCAGCUCACCCACAUGGCGGUGGUCCCAGCGGGGGCUCCCCGGAGAGAGGUGGAGAUGGGCUGCCUUCUCCCCGGCAGCUGAUGGAUUUGUCUCAACUCUUCCAACUCUGCCAGGCUCGGGGCUGGGGGGCGCUGCCCGCCGAGGAUCUGCUGCUGUGCCUGAAGAGGCCGGAACACAGCGGGGCUGAUGGCCAAGGGGACAAUGUCCCCCGAAGGAUCACAGACUCCCGCUUGGGUGAGAUCCCCCGGAAAGAGAUUCCCUCCCAGGCUGUCCCUCGCCGCCUUGCUACAGCUCCUAAGACUGAAAAACCUCAAGGAAAGAAGAAAAGUGGACACCCUGUCCCCAGUAGCCUGAGGAGUCGGGGGGGAAUCUGGAGAUAGCCUGUUGUCCUUCCUCCUCUUCUUUGUCCUCUUUUAUUAUUAUUUUAAAUAAAUGUUUGGUAAUCUGUG